GGGAGCCAGGAGGUGCAGCGGAGGGACCCGGGGAGCCAGGAGGAGCAGCGGAGGGAGACCCGGGGAGCCAGGAGGAGCCAGGAGGAGCAGCGGCUCCAUGAGCGGCCGCUGCCGGGACGGAGCCUCCAGAGGAGCCCUGCAGCCGGAGCCUCUCCGCCGCCGCCGCGGGUAACACGAACCCGGGCCACAGCACGGCGGCCAGUUCGGAAGUUUUGAUGCAUAUGCUCACAACCACCAUGAUUUUUAUGAUUCUUGGUGCUUCAGUUGUAAUGGCGAUAGCCUGUUUAAUGGACAUGAACGCACUACUGGACCGCUUUCACAACUACAUCCUACCGCAUCUACGAGGGGAGGACCGCGUCUGUCACUGCAACUGUGGAAGACAUCAUGUCCACUAUGUAAUCCCGUAUGAUGGGGACCAUUCCUUGGUGGACUCAUCAGAGAACUACUUUGUGAGUGACAGCGUGACCAAGCAGGAGAUGGACUUGAUGCUGGGGCUGCUGCUGGGCUUCUGCAUCAGCUGGCUGCUGCUGUGGCUGGACGGAGUCCUCCACUGUGCCGUCCGGGCCUGGAGGGCGAGCCGCUACUACGAUACCCCGUCCUGGUCAUGGCUGCCUCAGUUCUGCAACCUCCGAGACCUCCGUCGCCGGGCCCAGCUCCGGAAUAUGGAGGACUCCACUGGCAACAUGGUCCACAUCAAGCAGAAGCUCUACCACAAUGGCCACCCUAGUCCCCGCCACCUUUGAAUCUGAAAAACUGAACAACAAAACCAACAACAAAAAAAUUAAAACUAGAUCCUUUUCCCCAGCACACCUUCUCCCUUUCCCCUCCGACACCCCUCACCUCCCUUCCCCAAACAGCCUAUUGGCCAGCUAUUGCCUCAGAGACAUCUGGAAAACUGCCCUCCCCCCACUGUUCAUUACAUGGCCCCCUUAAACCCCAGUGACAGGACUUUCUUAGGACUAAACCUGGCUCCUGUCAGCACUCAAAAAAUCCCCAAAUGGAGCAAGAUGACGAUUUAUUUGUUGCCACUGAAAUCUUGUCUUAUGUCCAUGUCCACCAUUGUGGGAGGAGGAAGGAAGAAAAAAAGACAUUUUUAAGGGUGUUUUUUCUGUAUAGCGACAUUUUCUGUGUUCAUUGUUAAACUUGGCAUGCUCUUUUAGAACAGGGUAAGAUGUGGGCAGUGUAUGGAACCGGGUGGCGAGACUGGUGUCAUGAUAUUUUUUUUCUGAUGGGUGGGACUUUGUUGGUGUGGGGAGGGG